UGACAAGAAGAGGGAGACUGUUGUGAUAGAAAUUGGUCUUUUACGCACGACACCAGGCUGCACAACAAAUCUUCUCUUAAUCAGUCUGAAAUUUCCAGCUACCUGGGGCUAACACUUGAAGCAAGAGCCGUUUAAAUAGAAGGAACCGCAGUGUGUAUGGGCCAGGGGACUUCUGUGAGACAGCAUGAGUUCUAAAGGGGGUGGCACUGCCCUGACUCGCCGAAACUACAGACUGGCUUCAGACACAGACAAACCCAAAGCCACAGGUAUCGUGAGUGAGAAGUUGCUGAGUGAUUACCUGCACCAUGUGUUUCCUUCCACCAAGCAGGGACCUGCUCUGGCCUCACUCAGGAAGCCUCUUGGCUUUCAGGAUCUGGGUGCUCAUCUGGAACGAUUGCUGUCUGAAGGAGAACCCACAGAAGACAGCAAAGAUCAGCCUAUUGAAGGACGUUUGGGCCCUCAGCCAGUGGUCUUGGAUCACACCAGUGGCUUUGAAGGACUUCUGUUUGUAGACGAUGACCUGUUAGGGGUCAUCGGCCACAGCAACUUCAGCUCCAUCAGAGCCACCACUUGUGUUUACAAAGGGAAAUGGGCCUAUGAGGUGCUAAUCUCCUCCCAGGGUCUGAUGCAGAUAGGAUGGUGUACCCUUAACUGUCGCUUCAACCAGGAGGAGGGUGUGGGUGAUACUCCUGACUCGUACGCGUAUGAUGGAAAUAGAGUGCGAAAAUGGAACGUGACAACUACGAACUAUGGAAAGUCAUGGGCAGCUGGAGACAUUGUCAGUUGUCUGAUAGACCUGGAUGAGGGAACCAUCACAUUUUGUUUGAAUGGCCAAUCUCUGGGAACAGCUUUUACAAACAUCAAGAUGGGUCCAGGAAUAGCCUACUUCCCCGCCAUCAGCCUCUCCUUUAAAGAGUCGGUGGCUUUCAACUUUGGCAGUAGACCCCUCAGAUACCCUGUGGAUGGUUACUUGCCCCUCCAGAAUCCACCAACAGCAGACCUGACAAAAGCACACAAACUACUGGGCUUCAUCAAGAAUGUCCUGUCUACUGCCAUGGACACACAGGAGGAGAAGCUGAUAGAGAAAGACUGUGCAGGCUGGAGACUUCAUGGAGAACCCACGGUCCUGAUCACUCUGGCUCACAUCUUUAACCACUUUGCUCCUCUCAUGUGUAAAGUGUACCUGGUGGAAGAUGUGUUGAUGAACUUCCUGUUGGGUAUUCUGGAGGGAGGAGGCUCAGUGGAUGAACACCCUCUCAUACAACAGCUGUUGGAUCUCUUCUGGCUGCUGAUGGAGGACUAUGAAGUAAAUGAAUGCCUGAAGCAACUGAUGAUGUCAUUGCUGAGAGCGUACCGUUUCUCUCCCAUCAUCCCUGACCUGGGUUUUCAGAUCCACUACCUGCGUCUGACCACAGCUAUUUUGCGUCAUGAGAAGUCCAGGAAAUACCUGCUUAGUAAUGUCUUAUUUGAUGUGCUGCGUUCUGUCGUGUUCUUCUACAUAAAGACCCCUUUGAGAGUGAAGGAGGCAGGGUUAGAGGAGCUCAUACCAACCACCUGGUGGCCUACACACUUUGAUAAGGAGGGCAAAGAUGAGCGUGAGCCCAAAGAUGAAAGUGCAGAUGAACGACUGAGGCGUCGGGCCUAUGAGCGAGGCUGUCAGAGACUGAAAAAGAGAAUUGAAGUGGUGGAAGAAUUGCAAGUCCAGAUCCUGAGGUUGCUGCUCAAUAACAAAGACAAAACAACAGGUGAAGCCUCCCGAUACAUCUUCCUGAAUAAAUUCAGGAAGUUUCUUCAAGAAAAUGCAAGCAACAGAGGGCACCCUACAGCUCUGUGCCCUCCUGAAUACAUGGUGUGUUUCCUUCACCGACUUAUAACGGCUGUAAGGGCCUGUUGGGAUGAAGGCAAACGGAAGAAUCCAGGCAGCAUCAAUAGUGAAGAAGCCUACGUUCCUCCCCAGCUCUUCUACAAUGGGAAGGUGGACUACUUUGACCUGCAGAGACUCGGCGGCCUCCUUUCUCAUUUGAAGAAGACUCUCAAAGAUGAUUUGGCCAGUAAAGCCAACAUUAUCAUCGACCCUGCUGAGAUCCAGGCAACGUCUAUGGAUGACCUGGAUGAGGAUGAGGAGAGCGGAGCAGCGCAGAGGCCAUUCGGUGCUGCAGCUAUGGGUGGAGCUCUGGCACGACCCAGCUGGUUGAGUUCUCCCACGCUGGGCCGGGCCAACCGCUUCCUCAGCACGGCUGCUGUCAGCCUCAUGACCCCGAGGCGACCUCUAACACAGCCUGAAAAAGUCAAAGUUCGGACUCUUGCUGUGGAGCAACGGACUGAGGAGGACAUCGAGGGAAGCCACGGUAAUGACGGCCUGUUGCUAGGGCGACCGCUGGAAGAGCCAGAUCAGCCAAUCGCAGAUAAAUCCCUUCUCGAGAUAGUUGAUGGGAUCGUGAUGAUGUACAACCUGAGCGUUCACCAGCAACUGGGAAAGAUGGUCGUGGUUUCAGACGACGUCCAUGAAUAUGCUGUGGCUCUAAAGGACACAGAAGAGAAAAUUGCACGAUGCCCUGCAAGGAGACCAGACAUCCUGGAGGAGCUCCAGAAAAGCCAGAAGGUUUUUGCCGAAAAGCUGAACCAUCUCAGCAGGAGACUGGCUUGGAUUAAUGCCACCAUCUAUUCCAAGGAGAAGAUGUUGGAUGUGUACUGGCUGCUAUGUGUGUGUAUCCGGACCAUUGAACACGCUGACAACACCGGGUCCUUGUUUGCCUUCGCGCCAGAGUUCUACCUCAAUGUAGCCAUGAACGCAUACAGCGCCCUUAAGAACUACUUCAGUCCAGCAAACAGCAUGGAGGAACUACCAGGCUACGAAGAAAACCUGGCACAACUAGCUGCUAUCCUCGCUAAGCACUUUGCGGAUCCACGUAUAGUUGGGACAGAUAUUAAAGACUCUUUGAUGCAGGCACUGGCCAGCUAUGUCUGCUACCCACAAUCCCUCAGGGCAGUGGAGAGGAUUCCAGAGGAACAACGUGUUGCCAUGAUGAGGAAUCUGUUGGCUCCGUAUGAACAGAGACCCUGGGCUCAGACCAACUGGAUACUGGUCAGACUUUGGAGGGGUUGCGGUUUUGGCUACAGAUACACCCGCCUGCCUCACCUUUUGAAAACCAAACCUGAGGAUGCCAACCUCCCCAGUCUGCAGAGGGAUCUAUCAAUUGCUAGUUUCCAAAAACCGUGUCCGUCAUUGCUGCUGCAGAGACACAUGGCCGAGCUUCUGAGCAUGGACAAAGACAUGGCUGCCUCUUUCCUCAACAGCGUCCUAAACCAGCUUAACUGGGCUUUUUCAGAGUUUAUUGGCAUGAUCCAGGAGAUCCAGCAGGCUGCAGAACGCCCAGAGAGAAAUUUCGUGGAUACUCGUCAGCUGAAGGUGUGUGCGACAUGCUUUGACCUGUCCGUCAGCCUGCUGCGGGUACUGGAGAUGACCGUCACGCUGGUACCAGAAAUCUUUUUGGAUUGGUCUCGCCCGUCAGCAGAACUUCUCCUCAGACGACUGGCUCAGCUGUUAAACCAGGUGUUAAACAGAGUGACAGCAGAGAAGAACCUGUUUGAUCGUGUUGUCAACUUGCGGCUGCCAGGUCUGGAAAGUGUCGACCACUACCCCAUCCUCGUCGCUGUUACUGGCAUCCUGGUCCGAAUCCUUGUGGACGGAGACAGACAAGGAACGUCACGAGCUGCGUCGGUCCUGCUCUCCGACCCCUGUUUCCAGCUCCACUCCAUCCAGCAUCUGUUAGGAGAAGGAGGCGAGUCGUCCACGUCCUCGGCGGUCCUGACCUCCAGUGCACUUCCAGUUGUAGGCUCUCUGGGAUCGUCCGUGGCUCCUCCGAUUCCUUCGACCUCUGGGACCUCAUCAGAACGCAAGCACUUCUCGCUGCAUGCAUACACAGACUACAUCAGCGAAGAGGAAAAACAGAAGGUGGAGCUGAUGUUGGCGUUUCUUACAGAGGAAUCCAAACAGGCUGCAGCGAGCACAGCUCCAACCAGCGAAGAAGACCUCUGCCCCAUCUGCUACGCUCACUCCAUCUCUGCCAUCUUCAAGCCCUGCUCUCACAAGUCCUGCAAAGCCUGCAUCAACCAGCAUCUGAUGAACAACAAGGACUGUUUCUUCUGCAAAGCCACCAUCACCGGAGUGGAAGACUACAGCAAGCCUGCCAACUCCUAACACACCAUCAGAGGAAAAAAAAACAACAAAAAAAAAACACACACACACGUUACACACACAUCAACUGUAAAGAUGGUAAAAGAAA